AUGUCUUUGGAUAAAGUAAAACAUAUCGUCCUCGUCCUAUCUGGCAAAGGAGGCGUCGGAAAAUCCUCCGUCACAACCCAACUCGCCCUAUCCCUAUCCCUCGCCGGCUCCUCAGUCGGAAUCCUCGACAUCGAUCUAACCGGUCCCUCCAUUCCUCGCCUGUUCUCCCUCGAAUCUGCGAAAGUAACCCAAGCACCCGGUGGUUGGGUCCCCGUCCCGGUUCACUCCUCCAACCCCUCUUCCUCCAUCGGUGCCCUAUCAUGCAUGUCUCUCGGUUUCCUACUGAGAGAGCGGGGCGAUGCAGUUGUAUGGCGUGGGCCUAAGAAAACCGCAAUGGUUAGACAAUUCCUCACAGAUGUCUUAUGGGGCGAACUCGAUUACCUUCUCAUUGAUACCCCGCCUGGCACCUCGGAUGAACAUAUUUCAUUGGCGGAAACACUCCUGAAGAAUGCAUUUCCGGGCCAAGUGGCAGGCGCAGUGAUUGUAACGACGCCACAGGCGGUGGCAACAGCAGACGUUAGAAAAGAAUUAAACUUCUGCACGAAGACUGGAAUAUAUGUUAUCGGAGUCGUGGAAAAUAUGAGUGGUUUCGUGUGUCCAAACUGCUCAGAAUGUACCAAUGUUUUCAAUAGAGGUGGCGGAGAGGUUAUGGCUAAGGAUUUUGGAGUACAAUUCUUGGGACGGGUACCGAUUGAUCCUCAAUUCGGAAUGUUGGUCGAGGCAGGAAGAAAGCCAGUAUAUCCAGAGGGAACACUAGUAAAUGGGAAAGACAUGAGCGAUUCCCAAAACGGCAUUAAUAGUGUUGGAGACGACGCACUGUUAGUAGAGAAAUACCGCGAAUGCUCUUUAUGUCCAAUUUUCCAGGACAUAACCAAACAGGUCAUGAAUGCGGUGGAAGGAAAGAGUUCAGAAGCAGCAUCGAGUACACGAUUUGGCUUGGCAAACUCACUGGGUGGCAUAACUGCUGGUGUUGGGGAUUUUGAACAUUUACACGACAGCUAUUAG